AUGAAUAUAUACUCUCCGAUUGAGGAACAUCAAGUGUUCUUGAACUACCGAGGAGAGGAACUGCGUUACAGCUUUGUGAGUCAUCUCAUUGAUGCCUUUGAGAGGCGUGGAAUCGACUUCGUCGUAGACAUAUACGAGCAGAGAGGCAAAGAUCUCAAAAAUCUUUUUGUAAGGAUCCAAGAGUCGAGGAUCGUGCUUGCCAUAUUCUCUACCAGGUAUGCUGAGUCGAGCUGGUGUAUGGAUGAGUUGGUGAAGAUUAAGAAACUUGCGGAUAAAGAAAAGCUUCGAGUCAUCUCAAUCUUCUACAAGGUGAGACCACGAGACGUGAGAAAACAGACGGGUGAGUUUGGUGACAACUUCUGGACGCUCGCGAGAGCUUCUAGUGGAGAUCAGAUCAAGAAGUGGAAAGAUGCUCUGGAACGUAUCUGCGACAAGAUGGGUUUGUCCUUGGGAGACAAGAGCUGUGAAGCUGGUUUUGUCAAGAAAAUUGUUGAGGAGGUUCAAAAAGUUAUAGCAGCAAUUCGAAUCGGUGAAAAAGAAGAUGAUUUUGGGAAAAAAAGGAAAAAUAAUUGCAGUUGCGAAUGUGAGAUUCCCAUUUUCAAAAGGUGCAAAACCAGAAAAUUGUUGGCAAGAGACGUUAGGAAACAGACAGGUGAGUUUGGUGAAAAAUUUUGGACGCUAGCGAAGGCUUCUAGUGGAGCUCAGAUCAAGAAGUGGAAGGAGGCCUUGGAGUGUAUCUCCGACAAGAUGGGUUUGUCGUUGAGAGACAAGUGCUCUGAAGCCGAUUUUGUCAAGGAAGUUGUCAAGGAGGUCAAGAGAGUUAUAGCAGCAAUUGGAUUAGAGGAAGAAGAAAUAAAUCGUAUGUUUGUUUCAGAAUUAUCAUCAAUUGUUGGGACGUAG